CGCUGCAGCAAUAAGCACCUAGCAUACAGGCUAAAUGUGUAAACCUGGUUAAUUGGCACUUUUGAACUAGAUUUUUGACCGCUUUUAGGAUCACUUUGCUCGCUAGUAUGAGAACUCAGUGGAAAGACAACACAUCCUGAAUCUACAAAUUGUCGGGUUAAGAUUAAUUGUUUUGACGUGGACAUCACAACUGCCUGGAGGAAAUACAACUGCCGAGCGGCUGCUUGGAGGUCCAGCGCCAGCCCGUAGUGCCAGAGGUGGGAUGGAUCCUCUGGGCGCUCGCUCCCAGUUCGUGGACAUCCAGACUCUCCCGACGUGGCAGCAGCAGCUGGGUGAGGAUGGAGAGGAGACACCGCUGGACCAGAGCGACAGCCUGCUCAGCCAGGAGGCCUUCCCCUCGCCCUUCCCCUUUAGACCGGACAUCAACCGCAAGAUCAUCCUCUUCUGCGGUGACAUCGCCCUGCUGAACUGCACCGCCAUCUUGAACACCAGCAACGAGUCGCUGACCGACAAGAACACGGUGUCGGACAGCGUCCACCAGCUCGCUGGGCCCGAGCUGCGAGACGAGCUGCUCAAACUCAAAGGGUGUCGGACAGGAGAGGCGAAGCUGUCCAAAGGCUUCAACCUGGCAGCGAGGUUCGUCGUCCACACGGUGGGACCAAAAUACAAAGCGAAGUACAGGACGGCGGCGGAGAGCUCGCUGUACAGCUGCUAUAGGAACACGAUGCAGCUGGCCGUAGAGCUGUCGAUGGCGUCUGUUGGCCUCUGUGUGGUGAGCACGACCAAAAGAGGUUACCCACUGGAGGACGCUACACACAUCGCUUUCAGAACUGUGCGCAGGUUCCUGGAGAAUCAUGGGAACAGCCUGGAGACGGUGGUGUUCGCCGUGUCAGACACAGAGAAGUCGGUGUAUAAGAGGUUACUGCCUCUGUACUACCCUCGCUCAGAGGAAGAGGAGAAGGCCUGCCUGCCUCUCAUCCCUGCUGACAUCGGCAACUCUGAGGGUGAACCCGUCGUCCCGGAGAGACAGAUCCGCAUCGCAGAGAAACCCGGGACGGUUGAAGAUGAUCCUGAAGAGGAGAGUCUGGAGUCCGAUCUGGGUCAGGUGGGGAAUCACGCUUUCGCCCGGAUGGAAGGUGACGUGGACAAACAGCGGAAACAGAUCCUGCAGGGCCAGAUGUCCGAGGUGGCCAUCCAGAAACAACACCAGAGGAAUUACAAUCGCUGGCUGUGUCGGGCGAGAGCGGAGGAUCUGUCGGACAUCGCUGCACUGAAAGCCUUAUAUCAAACUGGUGUGGACAUGUGUGGCAGGACAGUCAUGAUUCUGGUUGGACGAAACAUCCCAGUGACUCUCAUCGACAUCGAGAAGGCCCUGCUGUACUUCAUCCACGUGAUGGACCACAUCACAGUGAAGGAGUAUGUGAUUGUUUACUUCCACACGCUGACCGGCGAGCACAACCACCUGGACUCCGACUUCCUCAAGAACCUCUACGACAUCGUGGACGCCAAGUUUAAAAAGAAUUUAAAGGCCUUCUACUUUGUACAUCCAACAUUUCGCUCUAAGGUGUCAACGUGGUUCUUCACCACCUUCAGUGUGUCGGGGAUGAAGGACAAGGUUCGCUACCUGGACAACCUGCAGCAGCUCUUCACCUGCAUCAAACCUGAGCAGAUCGACAUCCCUCCGUUUGUCCUGGAUUAUGACGCAAGGGUGAAUGGACCGUACCAUCGCUCCCAGUCCUCCAGUCUGUGACGGGGUCGGACCCUCCCCCCCCCCCCCCCCCCCCCCACUGGGGUGACGAGAUGGUGGAAGCCGUUCAUGGACUUGGUGUUGCCCGUGUGCUCUGACCUCCUCCUUCCUUUAGUUCUCUUCCUGUCAAAAGGACGGUUUAACAGUCUGAGCCGACAUUCUCUCGCCACAGACUAUUGGUGGAUCCGGUAAUACUUCCUGGAUUAUGCCUUACACCAACAUUUCUUCUUCUGCAGUUUCCCCUCAAACAUCCGUAAAUAUGAAUUUCCAUGUCGAGCCUGACAGUUUUGCUCAAAGCGUUUUCCAUCGUGUGGUCGUGUCCGACGUCCUCGCCCAUGUCUCAGAGCAUUGUCAGACGCUGGAGUCGGAUGACGUCCGUCUGGGUUUCCACAACGUCGCUGGACGGAAGUAAAGCCCCCCCCUCUCUGCUCUCGGGGCACGUCAGGGGAGAGGAAACAUUCCGUCUAUGUUCGCUAAGAUAAACAUUAACUUCAUAUCUCAAAGUUACAUUUAUCCAAGAGUUCUUGUUGAUCGCUUUGAAUCCACUCAGUGUUUGGGAAAAUGUUCCACGGUUGUUGGAAGUACUGCUGCUCGUUUUUCUUGCAGGAAGUUUUGUAAUUUCUCACGUUAUGGUGUGUCUGGAAGGCAGCAGGGACAUAUUUAGUUUUUAGUUUCUCACAUAAUAUGCUGCCUUUUUUCAGUUUGCUGUAAAUCGAAUACUUUUUGUUUUUUUGGACUUUUGGUUGCACAAAAGAAAAGUAUAAUUUAGGACGUCCUCUGGGUCAGAACGUGUUCUUCUUCUGCAGCAGUGUCUGUGUAACGAUGCCGAGCGUCCUUCCUGUCUGCAGUUAUCCACCAGGAGGCUUUUAUCCUCCCACUGCACCUACACAUUGCUUACACAUUGUUCUGCAAUGUUACAUUUAGUCUUGUGGAAGGCUGGCUGGUGUUUAGCUGCUCUGAUAUUCACUCUUAGUUUCAGGGUACAGAUGUUUCUCCUCCUCUAACCAAUGGAGCCAUUCUUUUGUUUUGUGGCCUGUCUGUUAAAAAAUUAGCGUUUUUCUCCUUAUUUGCACAUCAGCUGUUCUUUUUUUACAAAACACACGUUGUUUGAUUUUAACUUGGACUACCAGACCGGACGGGUUUACUUCAGCAGUUGCACAUUAAACAUACUGAACUUUGAAAGCAUUCCUGGGAUUGUCUAACCCUUCGAGCAGUCGUUGUGCAGCAGCAAACUGUCUGGUACUUUAAGAUCUAUCAUAAUCACAGUAAGCGUAUGUGACUGUUGGGAAGGAUUCCUCGUGCACGUCGUCGCCCCGUCACUCAAUCUGCACAUCUUUUAAAUCAUUGCUGCUCCUCGUGGCGAAGCUGAAGAUGUUCUCAAUCCUGACACCGAAGCACGAGACGUGACGUUUACAGAGUUCAGCGUGAAAACUUCUUAAAUUUCCAUUUCUGUUUCAAACAUUGUAAUUUACAUGUUGUUGUAGAUCAUCCAACUCCAUUGCUGUACUUUAUUUUAAAUUGAUAAACAAUCGAUCGAUGCGUAAAGAAAAUGCAAGCAGACUUUUAAUCUUUAAUGUCUUUAAAUCUUGUUUUUCCUAAAAGGAAAUGAGAUUUAAAGACGAGUUGUUGACCAUGUCAAGAAUAUGACUCCAUCAUGAAGACUUUGCUUCAGAUAACAUCCAUUAAACAUUCAACAUUAACUGUGAUUAUGUCAGAAUGUAUAUAAAUGAUGAGCCAAACUUUGACUUCCUGGAAAUGUAUAUAUAUCUUUUUUUAUGAUUUCAAAGUGAAGUGUUGGGUUUGUUUUCCACAACUUCUGAGAUUUACAGUAAUGUUUUAAUAUAUGCAUAUACACACUGAUUAAAAUGAUGUUCCUCUUUGAAA